AUUUCUUUAUGUGAUUAAUUUAACUAAAAAACUAUAUUUUAAGAUUAAGAAGACAUUUUGGCGAACCGGCCAAUAAAUUUCGCACUGGCGUUGCCAGAUGCCGCAAACCGAUAACUAUCGCUGCCUAUCGCUGCGCGGCAAGUGCAACACUGCGUUUUUCUGCUGCCCCCUUUUGGCUGUUGUUUCGUGUGUUGACCAAUAAAUUUUUCGCAUAUUUUCCCAACUUUUCAAUUACCGAACCGCAAGAGGCGCCAACGCAGACCGUCGAAGGCCGGCUAACCGAGUAAGCAGCGUGUUUUGGGCCAAGUCAAGUGGAUCAGCGGCAGCAGCAGGAGCAGGAUCUCGACCAGAUCGCCAGGAAGCGCGACAUUUGCAUUGCAGCGGUUCAGGUGAAAGCGAGAGAGCGACAGCGACCCAGCCAGACGGCGAGAGCGAGCGAGUGCGAGUGCGAGCGAGAGAGCAAGUGCAAUCCCUUCCAGAAAUCGCGAAUCCUGGGCAGCUGCUCCUUCAACGGCGACCCCUUGCUUGUUUGUGCAACGUUGUGCGUUCGACCAGGCGGCACAACCACCAGCACCCAAAGCCGUAGCAAGAUCCGGAGACACAGCCACAUCCAUAGCCACACAGCUUGCGGGUGCACCUUUCCAGUUGGCCAAUCUUAUCCAGCAAUUAAAAAUGGCUGCUGCCGCUGCGAGCGCAGUGAACGCAGUGAACGACUGCUUCAGCAUUGGAUCCACAGUCGUCUGCACGACCUGUUUCAACGAGGAGGUGGAGGGCGAGGUGCUGGCCUUCGAUCACAACACAAAGAUGCUUAUCCUGAAAUGCCGCUCCAAGUCCACUGAGGAGCUGAGUGAUAUCUACGCAAUGAACCUCUCGCUGUGCAGCAACGUGCAGGUGGUCAAGGAGUGCAAUGGCAACUUUGACGAUCCGCAAAAGCUCAACCUGGAACAGGUGAAAAUGCGUCUGCGUAAAACAGUGGAACGAAGACAAGACUACUUGAAGUCCAAGAACGCGGAUGUCAGUCCAGAGGCACAGGAGCUGUACAGAGCGAUAGCCAAACAAUACGGGUACAAUGAAGUUUCGUGGCAAGGACCUAACAUACAAAUCCUCAACGAAGUCACCAUCUCGCCGCCGUACCGAGCGGACAACGUGGUGUCCAGCUCAAACAACGAAACUUCGUGCAACUACAUCAAGCGCAUCAUCAAACAGUUCUUCAACACAAGGCCAUCGCCGGUUCCAGAAAGCGGAGCUGCGGCCAGCACCUCGUCACCAUCGGUGUCCCCCACGUCCUCAUCUCUUGCAUCUGGAUCGCCAGUUCCCGCUAACUAAUAAUAAUGAGAAAAGAAAAUACACAAACAAAACAACACAAAAACAAAAAAACAGAAAUGUGCUUCAAAAAGGA